ACACACACACAUUCACAUUCACAGCGAGGUUACACCCAGUUGGUUCCUUCUCGAGGGCAAAUUCUUGGGAUUCGCAGCUUCCAAACAGCCGAUUUCCUUUCCGGGCAGCUGGGAGGGCAGGUUCCCUGGCUGCUGCUCCUGUGCUCGCUGGCUGCUACUACUGGACCUACCCCAGGAGGAGUCAGUCGCUUCACUUCUAAGGAAAGGGGGGGGGGCAGGGAGGGGAGAAAGGGGAUCCGGGAUCAGCCUCUCCUGCCCCAGCAGCAGCCAGGAUGCUCCGAGGCAGCGGCAGCAGCUGGCCUGUGGAAUCCCAGCCAGGCGAGUCACCCCGUUAGGAGGCCCCGCCAGCACCCCGCGCCCGGGGGCAGCAGCGGCAGCAUGGGCAGCGGGAGCAGCAGGAGCAGGAGGAAGCGGAGCUGCAGCCCCGGCGCGGAUCGUCCCGGCAGGUGGGGCAGAAGCAGCAGCGCCCCCAGCGGGCAGGGCGAGGAGGCCAAGGGGAGCCAGGCGCCCGCCCCCACGGAGCUGCCCAGCAGUAGCCGGCGGCGGCCGCAGCCGGGCGGGCCGGCGGAGGACUCGGACUGGGAGCUACUGGAGGAGGUGCUGGCUGAGUGCGAGGAGCCGGGGGCGCUGUUCCCCACGGCCCGGGGUCCGGCUGCCCCCAUCCCGGGCCCGCCCCGCCGAGGGCCCGCCGGGGACUCCUGGGCCGGCCACGACCGGCACCCAGGGGCGGUGGCAGCAGGGAGCGGCCGGGGCAGCGGUGCCGCCGGAGGGGACCAGCCGGCCUCCUUAACAAGAAGCACACAGGACCCAGAGAACAACAACUCCUCCGCCAGUGAGUUUCCAGUCAGAAGUAACAAGAAGCCCGAGAUGCAAUCCCCCAUAUCGUACGAUUACUCUGAAGAAGAGCUCAUGGCCAGUAUUGAACGAGAGUACUGCCGCUGAGAGCCAGUGCUGUAUGAUCAGAGCUGACAGUGGCACAUAUGAGCAAGGGUUCUGCCAACAAAAUAACCCCUCACACAGUGAGAUUGUUCUGAGGAAAUGGAAAAGACGAGAAUGAAAUGAGAGAGAAUGUUACCACGCAGGAGGCUGUUAGUAUUGUAGGACUUCGAAAAAUUCCUCUUUGGCAAGUGCUGAGCAAGAGCACUGAUUAACGAAGGAACCCUCACUGACCAGUGAAUAAAAGCAAUGCGGUGGGGAAAAAAUAAGAUCUCAUUACAUUCCUCUUGUAAAUGAAUAUUUAAAAGCCAGUUUCCAAGUAAUACUUAUGUAUGAAGUCUUAAAUGUAUUGUAAGGUUGAGAUGUGCCAUUCUGACAGAGUGAUUUCAGUCAGAAAAGUGCAGCAAAUCAUUUGAAUAAAUACUUACUUGAUAGGAUA